AUUCCACCCCUUCUCGCACAGUCGUUUAGUUUCUACCGUAACCCGGUUGAUUUUCCCACGUGACCGCUGCGACUUCCUUUCUUGUGGCAGCCAUCGAGAAAAAUGGCAAAGAUCAAGGCCAGGGACCUUCGCGGGAAGAAAAAGGAGGAGCUGCUGAAACAGCUGGAUGAUCUGAAGGUGGAACUGUCCCAGCUCAGAGUUGCCAAGGUUACUGGUGGAGCUGCCUCCAAACUUUCCAAGAUCCGCGUGGUUCGCAAGUCCAUCGCUAGAGUACUUACAGUAAUCAACCAGACACAGAAGGAGAAUCUGAGGAAGUUCUACAAGGGUAAGAAGUACAAGCCUUUGGACCUGAGGCCCAAGAAGACCCGUGCCAUCCGUCGUCAGCUGACAAAACACGAGGAGAACCUGAUGACUAAGAAGAUGCAGAGGAAGUCCCGCCUCUACACCAUUCGCAAAUUUGCCAUCAAGGCUUAAGAGGCUGUACUGUUUUUCAAUGAGAAAAAAAUAAACUCCCCACCCUGGAAUUAAGAGUC